AUGCCGAUUCCCAAGGAGUAUACUAGGGGCUUGGGGUCCAGACAGUACACUGUGCCCAUACAGAUCUUGAGCUGCUAUUGCAAAGUAUGAGUUAGUGACAGCUUCAAUGAAUCAGAAGUUAAAGCAUAUUACUACUUAAAAAACAGUCACUAGGUUUGUGAGACAAAAAGUGUCAAUAGCCUAUAAUUCACCUCCCUGUUGUAGAUUUCUGACUGCAGAGUCUAAUCCAUUUGCUUUUGUCUUGUUUGUUAGUUUUUGUUCUACAUGUCGAUAUUUUCCUCUCACAUCCCUGCAUGACUCCCUUCUUCCCUUUAUUGCUCUGUUGUCUAUACAAACACAACACUGGUUUAGUCAUGACAUGGCUACAUCCAUUGGCCCAAUGAUAACUACCAUCCCAAGAAAGUCUAAGAGCGACUACCCCUAAAAACCAACUAAUCCCUUUGAAAACUGCCUAUGUGGCAUUGAUUCUAGUGUCAAAAUGUACAUCAAGUCAGUCUCGUAUAAAACUGAGUUUAAAACCUAAACCUUAAAAGUAAAUGAAGGUUUGGUUUGGAUUACAAUUAUGUCAACAAAUCAUGCCCCCUUUUGCCAAGCUCCACGUGCAAAUCGCCCCCCGCCAACUUCGCUUCCCUUCAUUGAGGGAGUCCUAUUACGCUGGCCCGGGUUGAACCGGGCAAUGGCCCGUCACGUCAUCGGGCUAAAUCAAACAGUAGGCUAAUCUGCGCCGCUCAGUCAUGUUGUCAACAAGUCAGCUAGGUGCAUCGUCCAGAAACAAAUAAAUGUUUGAAUUUGCAUACUAAUUUAGUUUUCAUUGGGAAUGCAAUCACUUUUGCAUGUGAAAACACAGAAUCCUACUCAUCUCUCCACGUGCUUGAUUACGUCACAUUUGUUUUAAGCCGACUUCCUUGUCAGCCAGAGUGGGGCACCUGGCUCACACCUGGGAGGCAGCCCGGUUUCAAAAUGAAUGCAGUCACUUUUCACAAGGUUCAAACUCCUCCCACAGGGGUAACCUAGGACAGAUAAAUGAACCCCCUCAUUGACUGUGGAUCCAUUGUUUCAUCGUCCCCAAACCGUUCACAUCAAAGGAUCAUUUGAGACUGAAAAGUGAGUAUACUUGUAGCUAGAACAUAGACUGCUGCUUAUGUAUCUGGUUAUGCAUAUUUUGAUAAUCAUUAUCACUAGCAUAGCUGAUGUUAGCUAGCUAACUAGCUAGCUAUCUAUACUGAACAAAAAUAUAAAGGCAACAUGUAAAGUGUUGGUCCCAUGUUUCAUGAGCUGAAAUAAAAGAUCCCAGAAUUUUUCCAUACUCACAAAAAGCUUCAUUUUUACGUCCCUGUUAGUGAACAUUUCUCCUUUGCCAAGAUAAUCCAUCCACCCGACAGGUGUGGCAUAUCAAGAUGCUGAUUAAACAGCACGAUCAUUACACAGGUGCACCUUGUGCUGGGGACAAUAAAAGGCCACUCUAAAAUGUGCAGUUUUGUCACACAACACCAUGCCACAGAUAUCUCAAGUUUUGAGGGAGUGUGCAAUUGGCAUGCUGACUGCAGGAAUGUCCUCCAGAGCUGUUGCCAGAGAAUUGAAUGUUCAUUUCUCUACCGUAAGCCGCCUCCAACGUAGUUUUAGAGAAGUUUGGCAGAAACUCUAACCGGCCUCCAACUGCAGACCACGUGUAAAAACAUGUCACGGUUGGUUGCAUAGUGUAACGGCGUCACCGGCCUGAAUCUAAUCCAAUCUGGAGCCAGUUAGUCAACUGUAAAGCAUCGAAUUAGCUUCCAAACGAGAUUACGUUAUUUCUCAAGCUAUGUUUAUAACUGAGGGAUGAUGACAAUCGUUGACCCUGUUUUUCUGUUAGACCAAGUGCACAGUUGAAUGCCAAACGGAUCCCCUGGUCAUGAACGGAUGUCCGGACCUACCAGAAGGAGCAAAGGUGGGUAUCAUAACAUGUCCAGCAAUAUGAUUUCAAUGGUUUAGGGACCUCCAACAAUCUUUUAAUUCACUGUUCACUUGCUAUUUUCACAGGUUGUCAAGCAAUUCCUCAGAAUAAAAGUGUGUCAUGUGACACAAGAACCCCUUGUGACACCUCCGUUGUUGCCAGUCUCCCUUGACUCCUAUGAAAAGGAUAGUGACCCGAGUUACUGCCCUGAUGACACAGAUGGCUUCAUAAACAACGACAGGUAAUGUGUGUUAUGUGAAAAGUUGUAUUAAAAAAUACCAGGCUUGAUAAACUAGUAGGCUAAUUCCCCAGCCAAACAGAUACAACUAGUAGAGUCAUAAACAGAUACAACUAGUAGAGUCAUUUUGGUUGUGAAGUGCAUUAGCAAAAGGCUUUGUCCUUUUCUUUAGAUAAAAAAUACAAUUUACCAUUUGGCUGACUAUUAUAUCACCCUGUUACAGGCCCUCCCAGUCAACACCACCUCAUAAGACUGCCUGCUGCAGUUGUUCGAGAGAUGUCCAGUUUGCAGCUGAACAUGCAGCAUAGAGAAGACCAGCAAGGAGGCCCUCAUCAGCAUCAUGUUGACAUGCCCUCGCUGUGAGCAUUCUUAUGAAUGGAACAGUCAGCCACAUAUUGGCAAGUAUCCAGCCAGCAACCUUCACCUGUCAGCGGCAACAGCUUUCACAGGCUCAUCAUUUGUACAAAUACAGAAGGUAACCCACUUCAUUACUUUUGAUACAUUUGAUAACCCAAUUGUGAAGCAUAAUUUAUGUAAACUGACAUACCUGUAGAUGCAUAUAAUGUCCAUGGCAUAACCUAGCCUGGUAGAACCAGCCUGAUCGCUGUGUUCACCAUUCUACUUCACUUCACAUUUUAUGAUAUCUGAAGUGAAAUGGAAAAGUGAAUGCAGCGAUCAGGUUGGUUCACCAGGCUAAUCAUAACCACCAUUGAUAAUGUAAUCAGUGCUCUGUGUGUAUUUGUUUGUGACCGACCAGUAUCUUUGAUGAGGGUCCAGGAGCUGAUCUACGCUGCUAUGCCCAUAGACCUCGCCUCCAGCCUCACCUCAAUGGGGAGAACAGAAUUAGAUAGGUUUAGUCUGACCUGUUCAAACUUCAACAUAGUAUAUGUUUAUGUGUCAGAUAUCACCUAUCCUAACUGCCAUUGGUAAUAGAACAGUGACUGUGUGUAUGUGUUCACAGAUACCUGUAUAGUGCCAGUAUGGAGUCAGCACAUGGAGACUUGUAAGAUGAUGUGAUGAAGUCCAGACUGACACACAGGCUUUAUCCUGAUGUCUCUGAAUGGAUAGAGACCUGGCACUCAACAUAAACAUUUUACUAGACACAACUUUUACUUGCAAUGUCUUUUUUUCUUAUUAAAUUGAUUGAUAUCAGUCAAUAUGAGGAAGGAGAAACCUUGUGUAUUCUGCCCCAGCAUCAGGGAACUCCUUUUGUAUACGGGACACCACACAGGAAGGUAUGACCACUCUGACAUGUUACCAAGGUAACCCCAUUACCACCAGACAGGAAGGUAUGACCACUCUGACAUGUUACCAAGGUAACCCCAUUACCACCACACAGGAAGGUAUGACCACUCUGACAUGUUACCAAGGUAACCCCAUUACCACCACACAGGAAGGUAUGACCACUCUGACAUGUUACCAAGGUAACCCCAUUACCACCACACAGGAAGGUAUGACCACUCUGACAUGUUACCAAGGUAACCCCAUUACCACCACACAGGAAGGUAUGACCACUCUGACAUGUUACCAAGGUAACCCCAUUACCACCAGACAGGAAGGUAUGACCACUCUGACAUGUUACCAAGGUAACCCCAUUACCACCAGAUAAAAUGCCGAUAGGCACAGCAUCUGUAUCGGCUGGGAAUGACUAUGAAAUAUGAAAGGUGCACAUUGUUAUAUUAGCAGAACACUGCUUCUAUGGUAUUAUGUAAAGGGUUGUUUAUUCUACAUGGGCCUGUUACUACAUUUCAAAGUUAUUAAAACAUGUAGUUUAGAAUAUCUUUAAUUUAUUAGACCAUUUUUGUAAAAAGACAAAAGGGCGCUCCAUUGUGGUCCUUUUGGGGAGGGAGGGAGGGAGGGAGGGAGGGAGGGAGGGAUGGGGCAAGGUUAGGCGGCAACUGCAGUGGCAACAGACAAUGACAGACAAUUGUUGUUUGUUUCGUAAAAUGAGCUAAUUAGUACAGUUCUAUUUCUUAAUUAACAACUAUGGACAGGUACGUCUCCCUUGUCCCACAUACCCUUAAUAUACAGUACCAGUCAGAAGUUUGGACACACCUACUCAUUCAAGGGUUUUUCUUUAUUUGACUAUUUUCUAGAUUGUAGAAUAAUAGUGAAGACAUAAAACUAUGAAAUAACACAUAUGGAAUCAUGUAGUAACCAAAAAAAGUGUUAAACAAAUCAAAUAUAUUUGAGAUUCUUCAAAGUAGCCACCCUUUGCCUUGAUGACAGCUUUGCACACUCUUGGCAUUCUCUCAACCAGCUUAAUGAUGUAGUCACCUGGAAUGCAUUUCAAUUAACAGGUGUGCCUUGUUAAAAGUUAAUUUGUGGAAUUUCUUUCCUUCUUAAUGCGUUUGAGCCAAUCAGUUGUGUUGUGACAAGGUAGGGGUGGUAUACAGAAGAUACAGUGAGGGGAAAAAAGUAUUUGAUCCCCUGCUGAUUUUGUACGUUUGCCCACUGACAAAGAAAUGAUCAGACUAUAAUUUUAAUGGUAGGUUUAUUUGAACAGUGAGAGACAGAAUAACAACAACAAAAAAACAGAAAAACGCAUGUUGUUAGCAUUUUAAUGAGGGAAAUAUGUAUUUGACCCCUCUGCAAAACAUGACUUAGUACUUGGUGGCAAAACCCUUGUUGGCAAUCACAGAGGUCAGACGUUUCUUGUAGUUGGCCACCAGGUUUGCACACAUCUCGGGAGGGAUUUUGUCCCACUCCUCUUUGCAGAUCUUCUCCAAGUCAUUAAGGUUUCGAGGCUGACGUUUGGCAACUCGAACCUUCAGCUCCCUCCACAGAUUUUCUAUGGGAUUAAGGUCUGGAGACUGGCUAGGCCACUCCAGGACCUUAAUGUGCUUCUUCUUGAGCCACUCCUUUGUUGCCUUGGCUGUGUGUUUUGGGUCAUUGUCAUGCUGGAAUACCCAUCCACGACCCAUUUUCAAUGCCCUGGCUGAGGGAAGGAGGUUCUCACCCAAGAUUUGACGGUAUAUGGCCCCGUCCAUCGUCCCUUUGAUGCGGUGAAGUUGUCCUGUCCCCUUAGCAGAAAAUCACCCCCAAAGCACAAUGUUUCCACCUCCAUGUUUGACGGUGGGGAUGGUGUUCUUGGGGUCAUAGGCAGCAUUCCUCCUCCUCCAAACACGGCGAGUUGAGUUGAUGCCAAAGAGCUCCAUUUUGGUCUCAUCCGACCACAACACUUUCACCCAGUUCUCGUGUGAAUCAUUCAGAUGUUCAUUGGCAAACUUCAGACGGGCAUGGAUAUGUGCUUUCUUGAGCAGGGGGACCUUGCGGGCGCUGCAGGAUUUCAGUCCUUCACGGCAUAGUGUGUUACCAAUUGUUUUCUUGGUGACUAUGGUCCCAGCUGCCUUGAGAUCAUUGACAAGAUCCUCCCGUGUAGUUCUGGGCUGAUUCCUCACCGUUCUCAUGAUCAUUGCAACUCCACGAGGUGAGAUCUUGCAUGGAGCCCCAGGCCGAGGGAGAUUGACAGUUAUUUUGUGUUUCUUCCAUUUGCGAAUAAUCGCACAAACUGUUGUCACCUUCUCACCAAGCUGCUUGGCGAUGGUCUUGUAGCCCAUUCCAGCUUUGUGUAGGUCUACAAUCUUGUCCCUGACAUCCUUGGAGAGCUCUUUGGUCUUGGCCAUGGUGGAGAGUUUGGAAUCUGAUUGAUUGAUUGCUUCUGUGGACAGGUGUCUUUUUAUACAGGUAACAAACUGAGAUUAGGAGCACUCCCUUUAAGAGUGUGCUCCUAAUCUCAGCUCGUUACCUGUAUAAAAGACACCUGGGAGCCAGAAAUCUUUCUGAUUGAGAGUGGGUCAAAUACUUAUUUCCCUCAUUAAAUUGCAAAUCAAUUUAUAACAUUUUUGACAUGCGAUUUCUGGAUUUUUGAUGUUGUUAUUAUGUCUCUCACUGUUCAAAUAAACCUACCAUUCAAAUUAUAGACUGAUCAUUUCUUUGUCAGUGGGCAAACAUACAAAAUCAGCAGGGGAUCAAAUUCUUUUUUCACUCACUCUCUUUGUUAAGGGUUUCGGUGACUUCAUUAGCUGUGGUUGCUGAUGCGUAUAUGGUUGAAUCAUCAGCAUACAGUGGCAGGUCAUUGGUAAAAAUAGAAAAGAGUAGAGGGCCUAGAGAGCUGCCCUGUGGUACACCACACUGUACAUGUUUGACAUUAGAGAAGCUUCCAUUAAAGAGAACUCUUUGAGUUCUAUUAGAUAGAUACAGUGGGGGAAAAAAGUAUUUUGUCAGCCACCAAUUGUGCAAGUUCUCCCACUAAAAAAGAUGAGAGAGGCCUGUAAUUUUCAUCAUAGGUACACGUCAACUGUGACAGACAAAAUGAGGGGAAAAAAUCCAGAAAAUCACAUUGUAGGAUUUUUAAUGAAUUUAUUUGCAAAUUAUGGUGGAAAAUAAGUAUUUGGUCAAUAACAAAAGUUUCUCAAUACUUUGUUAUAUACCCUUUGUUGGCAAUGACACAGGUCAAACGUUUUCUGUAAGGUUUUCACACACUGUUGCUUGUAUUUUGGCCCAUUCCUCCAUGCAGAUCUCCUCUAGAGCAGUGAUGUUUUUGGGGCUGUCGCUGGGCAACACGGACUUUCAACUCCCUCCAAAGAUUUUCUAUGGGGUUGAGAUCUGGAGACUGGCUAGGCCAUUCCUGGACCUUGAAAUGCUUCUUACGAAGCCACUCCUUCGUUGCCCGGGCGGUGUGUUUGGGAUCAUUGUCAUGCUGAAAGACCCAGCCACGUUUCAUCUUCAAUGCCCUUGCUGAUGGAAGGAGGUUUUCACUCAAAACUCACGAUACAUGGCCCCAUUCAUUCUUUCCUUUACACGGAUCAGUCGUUCUGGUCCCUUUGCAGAAAAACAGCCCCAAAGCAUGAUGUUUCCACCCCCAUGCUUCACAGUAGGUAUGGUGUUCUUUGGAUGCAACUCAGCAUUCUUUGUCCUCCAAACACGACGAGUUGAGUUUUUACCAAAAAGUUCUAUUUUGGUUUCAUCUGACCAUAUGACAUUCUCCCAAUCCUCUUCUGGAUCAUCCAAAUGCACUCUAGCAAACUUCAGACGGGCCUGGACAUGUACUGGCUUAAGCAGGGGGACACGUCUGGCACUGCAGGAUUUGAGUCCCUGGCGGCGUAGUGUGUUACUGAUGGUAGGCUUUGUUACUUUGGUCCCAGCUCUCUGCAGGUCAUUCACUAGGUCCCUCUGUGUGGUUCUGGGAUUUUUGCUCACCGUUCUUGUGAUCAUUUUGACCCCACGGGGUGAGAUCUUGCGUGGAGCCCCAGAUCGAGGGAGAUUAUCAGUGGUCUUGUAUGUCUUCCAUUUCCUAAUAAUUGCUCCCACAGUUGAUUUCUUCAAACCAAGCUGCUUACCUAUUGCAGAUUCAGUCUUCGCAGCCUGGUGCAGGUCUACAAUUUUGUUUCUGGUGUCCUCUGACAGCUCUUUGGUCUUGGCCAUAGUGGAGUUUGGAGUGUGACUGUUUGAGGUUGUGGACAGGUGUCUUUUAUACUGAUAACAAGUUCAAACAGGUGCCAUUAAUACAGGUAACGGGUAGAGGACAGAGGAGCCUCUUAAAGAAGAAGUUACAGGUCUGUGAGAGCCAGAAAUCUUGCUUGUUGUAGGUGACCAAAUACUUAUUUUCCACCAUAAUUUGCAAAUAAAUUCAUUAAAAAUCCUACAAUGUGAUUUUCUGGAUUUCUUUUCCUCAAUUUGUCUGUCAUAGUUGACGUGUACCUAUGAUGAAAAUUACAGGCCUCUCUCAUCUUUUUAAGUGGGAGAACUUGCACAAUUGGUGGCUGACUAAAUACGUUUUUUUCUCCACUGUAGCUCUGAAUCCACGAUAUGGCAGAGGUUGAAAAGCCAGAACACAUAAGUUUUUUCAACAACAGGUUAUGGUCAAUAAUAUCAAAGGCUGCACUGAAAUCUAACAGUACAGCACCCACAAUCUUCUUAUUAUCAAUUUUCUUUCAACCAAUCAUCAGUCAUUUGUGUCAGUGCAGUACAUGUUGAGUGCCCUUCCCUAUAAGCAUGUUGAAAGUCUGUUGUUAAUUUGUUUACAGAGAAAUAGCAUUGUAUUUGGUCAAACACAAUCUUUCUAACAGUUUGCUAAGAGCUGGCAGCAAGCUUAUAGGUCUACUGUUAGAACCAGUAAAGGCCGCUUUACCAUUCUUGGGUAGCGGAAUUACUUUUGCUUCCCUCCAGGCCUGAGGACAAAGACUUUCCUCUAGGCUCAGAUUAAAUAUAUGACAGAUAGGAGUGGCUAUAGAGUCAGCUACCAUCCUCAGUAGAUUUCCAUCUAAGUUGUCAAUGCCAGGAGGUUUGUCAUUAUUGAUCGAUAACAAUAAUUUUUCUACCUCUCCCACACUAACUUUACAAAAUUCUAACUUGCAAUGCUUUUCUUUCUUUCUUUGUUUUUUUAUGCAUGAAUACAUUUACAUUUACAUUUUAGUCAUUUAGCAGACGCUCUUAUCCAGAGCGACUUACAGUUAGCACAUACAUUAUUUUAUCGAACCCACAACCCUGGCGUUGCAAACGCCAUGCUCUACCAACUGAGCUACAUCCCCUGCCGGCCAUUCCCUCCCCUACCCUGGGCGACGCUGGGCCAAUUGUGCGCCGCCCCAUGGGUCUCCCGGUCGCGGCCGGCUACGACAGAGCCUGGAUUCGAACCAGGAUCUCUAGUGGCACAGCUAGCACUGCGAUGCAGUGCCUUAGACCACUGCGCCACUCGGGAGGUAAUACGAUGGCUCACUGUUCAUUGUUGGCAUUUCCUGCCUAAGUUUGCUCACUUUGACAAUGAAGUAAUCAUUAAAAUAUUUGGCAACAUCAAAUGGUUUUGUGAUGAAUAAGCCAUCUGAUUCGAUGAAAGAUGGAGUUAAAUGUGUCUUUCUACCCAUAAUUUCAUUUAAAGUACUCCAAAGUUGUUUUCAUCAUUCUUUAAUCAUUGGUCUUGGCUUCAUAAUACAGUUUCUUCUUCUUUUUGUUGAGUUUAGUCACAUAAUUUCUCAAUUUGCAGUAAGUCAACCAGUCAGAUGCGCAGCCAGACUUAUUAGCCACUCCAAGUUCAUUAGAGUUAACUGCACCUCAGAUUGCAGCCCAAAUAAAUGCUUCACAGAGUCCAAGUAAAAGACACAUCUCAACAUCAACUGGUCAGAGGAGACUGUGUGAAUCAGGCCUUCAUUUACAUUCAUGGUUGAAUUGCUGCAAAGAAACCACUACUAAAGGACACCAAUAAGAAGAAGAGACUUGCUUGAGCCAAGAAACACAAGCAAAGAUUUUUGGUUCUAACCGCCUUGUCUUUGUGAGACGCAGAGUAGGUGAACGGAUGAUCUCUGCAUGUGUGGUUCCCACCAUGAAGCAUGGAGGAGGAGGUGUGAUGGUGUGGGGGGUGCUUUGCUGGUGACGCUGUCUGUGAUUUAUUUAGAAUUCAAGGCACUCCCGACCUCAACCCAAUUGAGAUGGUUUGGGAUGAGUUGGACCGCAGAGUGAAGGAAAAGCAGCCAACAAGUGCUCAGCAUAUGUGGGAACUCCUUCAAGACUGUUGGAAAAGCAUUCCCAGUGAAGCUGGUUGAGAGAAUGCCAAGAGUGAUUUAAAGCUGUCAUCAAGGCAAAGGGUUGGCUAUAUAUUUUAAUUUAUUUAACUUUGUUUGGUUACUACAUGAUUCCAUAUGUGUUAUUUCAUAGUUUUGAUGUCUUCACUAUUAUUCUACAAUGUAGAAAAUAGUAAAAAUUAAGAAAAACCCUUGAAUGAGUAGGUGUGUCAACUUUUGACUGGUACUGUAUAAAACAAUCAAUCCCUAAUAAUCAGUACCGUUCAAAAGUUUGGGGUCACUUAGAAAUGUCCAUGUUUUCGAAAGAAAAGCAAUUUGUUUGUCCAUUAAAACAACAUCAAAUUGAUCAGAAAUACAGUGUCGACAUUGUUAAUGUGGUAAAUGGCUAUUGUAGCUGGAAACGGCUGAUUUUUAAUGGAAUAUCUACAUAGGCGUACAGAGGCCCAUUAUCAGCAACCAUCAGUCCUGUGUUCCAAUGGCACAUUGUGUUUGCUAAUACAAGUUUAUCAUUUUAAAAGGCUAAUUGAUCAUUAGAAAACCCUUUUGCAAUUAUGUUAGCACAGCUGAAAACUGUUGUGCUGAUUAAAGAAGCAAUAAAACUGGCCUUCUUGAGACUAGUUGAAUAUCUGGAGCAUCAGCAAUUGUGGGUUCGAUUACAGGCUCAAAAAGGCCAGAAACAAAUAACUUUCUUCUGAAACUCGUCUGUCUAUUCUUGUUCUGAGUAAUGAAGGCUUUUCCAUGUGAGAAAUUGCCAAGAAACUGAAGAUCUCGUACAACACUGUGUAUUACUCCCUUCACAGAACAGCGCAAACUGGCUCUAACCAGAAUAAAAAGAGGAGUGGGAGGCCCCGGUGCACAACUGAGCAAGAGGACAAAUACAUUAGUGUCUAGUUUGAGAAACAGACGCCUCACAGGUCCUCAACUCGCAGCUUCAUUAAAUAGUACCCGCAAAACACCAGUCUCAACGUCGACAGUGAAGCGGCGACUCUGGGAUGCUGACCUUCUAGGCAGAGUUGCAAAGAAAAAGCCAUAUCUCAGACUGGCCAAUAAAAAGAAAAGAUUAAGAUGGGUAAAAGAACACAGACACUAGUCAGAGGAAGAUUGGAUAAAAGUGUUAUGGACAGACGAAUCAAAGUUUGAGGUGUUCGGAUCACAAAGAAGAACAUUUGUGAGACGCAGACCAAAUGAAAAGAUGCUGGAGGAGGCAAUGUGAUGGUCUGGGGGUGCUUUGGUGGUGGAAAUGUGGGAGAUUUGUACAGUGUAAAAGGGAUCUUGAAGAAGGAAGGCUAUCACUCCAUUAUGCAACGCCAUGCCAUACCCCGUGGACGGUGCUUGAUUAGAGCCAAUUUCCUCCUACAGCAGGACAAUGACCAAAUCACAGCUCCAAACUAUGCAAUAACUAUUUAGGGAAGAAGCAGUCAGCUGGUAUUCUGUCUAUAAUGGAGUGGCCAGCACAGUCACCGGAUCUCAACCCUAUUGAGCUGUUGUGGGAGCAGCUUGACCAUAUGGUACAUAAGAAGUGUCCAUCAAGCCAAUCCAACUUGUGGGAGGUGCUUCAGGAAGCAUUGGGUGAAAUCUCUUCAGAUUACCUCAACAAAUGUACAACUAGAAUGCCAAAGGUCUGCAAGGCUGUAAUUGCUGCAAAUGGAGGAUUCUUUGACGAAAGUUUGAAGGACACAAUUAUUACUUCAAUUAAAAAUCAUUAUUUCUAACAUUGUCAAUGACUACAUUUCCUAUUCAUUUUGCUAUAUUUCCUAUUCAAACAAAUUUAAUGUAUGUUUUCAUGGAAAACAAGGACAUUUCUAAGUGACCCCAAACUUUUGAACAGUAGUGUAUACACACAACACAAUCCCCAAAAGGCAGACCAUAUGCUAUCCCCGGCAUUUCCUUCUCAGCCACGUACUAUAAUCUUACGACUCACUUUUGAGACAUGCUACUAUUUAGCAAUUGUUUCAGUGAGAACUUGAAACUACCCAUUGAAGGUAUACGUUUCAAAUUCUUUGGAAGACUAAAGGUAAAGUAGUUACAUAGGUACCUGGGGACCACAAUCUUGUACAAGACACAAUUUAAUCUGAGAGUGUCUCUCCUCCACUUUGAGCCAUCUAAGGCUUUCAAUGUGGGAAUGGUCAAGAUGAGUAUGUGCUGGAAGUUUAAGAAUUUUGCUGACAAAUUUAGUCUGAGAUGUCUGCAAUUUAUGUUUUAUUAUCUUAGGGGCACUAUUGUACCAGGAAGAGCAUGCAUAGUCGAAGUAGCACUGAACAAGAGCCCCUGCCAAUGCCACCAUUGCAUUCUUAUCCAGAUAUUUGGAGGUUCUUGCCAGAAACCUAAUUUUAUGGUUAACUUUGGAGAUAACUUUUUGUGCCAUGCUCUCCCCUGUCAGAUGGUUAUCUAGCACACAUCCAAUAUAAUUAAGUCUUUCCUCAGUUUCACUUUGGACCCGAACAAGAUGGACUGUUUUUCCAAGGUGAAGUCACAGCUUAUUGUCAUAAGCCAUUUACUGACAUUCAGAAGUUCAGCACUGAGGGCUUUCUCAACCACAUUUUUAUCUUUGUGGGAAACCAACAGUGCAGAAUCAUCUGCAGAGAGGGAAAAAGUCACAUGUACAGGCAGAUUUCGGAUCAUUUAUAUACAACAGAAAGAAAUGUGGACCCAACACACUCCCUUGGGGUACCCCGCAGUUCAAGCUUUUGGGUUUAGACAGGGUCCCAUCCACAUCCACCAUCUGUUUCCUUACUUACAGAUAAGAGAGAACCCAUUUUACGGUUGUUAAAGCCCAUGGCUCUUAGUUUGAUUAACAGAAUCUCAUGAUCCACUGUAUCAAACGCCUUUUGGAGAUCUAACAUCUACUUCCUUCCUGAUAUGGUCAGUUUGAUAUAGUAGGCAAGUGUUGGUGGAAUGGGAUUUCCUAAAACCAGAUUAGAGCUCAUAUAGUAGGUUAUGUAAGGAAAUAUAACUGUCAAUCUGCUCGAAGAUAAUAUUUUCUGUGUCCUUCGAUAGAAUACACAGGAUUGAGACAGGCCGAUAUUUUCCAUGAUCUAACUUAUUCCCUUUUUUAUAUAGAGGAAUAACCAUUGCGAGUUUUAGUUCACUGAAAAAAAGCCUAGUUCAAUAGACAGAUUUACAAUGUGAGUUACGCAAGGGGUGAUAAUUAUUGCAGCAUCCCUUAGAAAUAUGGCAGGAAUGUUGUCAAGGCCAGUUGCCUUGGAAUGGUCAAGUUCUUUCAGCUUCUUUAGCACAGUUGACUCAGACACUUUUUCAAAUGAAAAAGUAUCUACUUGAAUCCCCUGCUGCGAGUAAAACUGCUGGACUUGACUCUUCCCAUAGCAACCUGAUUGACAAGGUAACUUGCUAACUAAUGUAUUAGCUAUAGUUGUAAAGUAGCUAUUCAACCAUGGACUUGUCUGAUGUAACCUUUCCUCCAAUGUCCAAUCUAAGAUUUGGAGUUUUGGUCUUUAAUCUACUGUAACCUAACAGCUUCAGACACUUCCAUAAUUUACUCAGAUUGUUCCUAUUCUCAACUAUUUUGUCAUUAAAAUUAUCUUUCUUGGCCUUCUAUCAACCUGUUAACCUCAUUUCUUAAUUUUUUAUAGUCUAUAAAAAUAGAAUCUACCUUGGAUUUCCUGAUCUCCAGAAAGCGUUCAUUUUUCUAAGCUUAAUUGCCUUUAAAAUGUUAUUGUUUAUCCAUGGUUCUGUUCUUUGCUUAAUUCGAAGAUUUUUUUUUUUUAGAUCUUCAAAGACCUUUUAAAACUGUUAUGACAAUUUAAAAAUGUUUUCUGAACCUUCCUACUACAGAAAAUGAUGGAAUGAUCACGGAGCCCAUAGUUUACAACCCCACUGUUUGAUAUCCUUGAUCUAUCCGACACCAACACAAGGUCAAUAAUAGUUUGGGUAGAAGGACAGACCCUAGUGGGCUCAUUAAUCAGCUGGUGUAAGGCAAACAGAUGACAAAAAUUCUUAAGAGCUUUAAAAGUAGCUUUGUCCUUUUUGAGCAUGUCUGUAUUAAAACCACCUGUGACAAUAACCUCUGAUUUACCAAAAUCAAGUCUCCUCCAACAAUUCAUAAAACUUGUACUGGUCUGGUGGUCUAUAACAGGUUCCGACUAUAAUGUGUUUGCAUUUUGGUAAUAGAAUGUCCAACCACAAAGCUUCAAUCUCAUCAUGGUUUAAAUCUGAUCUAUAGUUGAACCCAAUAUUUGAUCUUACAUACAUACAAACUCUCUCGCCUUUGCGAUUGCGGUAAAUUCAGCAAUUGCAUUCUACUCAUAUUACUCUGUAGGCUACUGACCUAUUCAAUGCUUCCCCCAGAAUCUCACCAUACAUACAGUGGGGAGAACAAGAAUUUGAUACACUGUCGAUUUUGCAGGUUUUCCUACUUACAAAGCAUGUAGAGGUCUGUCAUUUUUAUCAUAGGUACACUUCAACUGUGAGAGACGGAAUCUAAAACAAAAAUCCAAAAAAUCACAUUGUAUGAUUUUUAAGUCAUUAAUUUGCAUUUUAUUGCAUGAAAUAAGUAUUUGAUCACCUACCAACCAGUAAGAAUUCCGGCUCUCACAGACCUGUUAGUUUUUCUUUAAGAAGCCCUCCUGUUCUCCACUCACUACCUGUAUUAACUGCACCUGUUUGAACUCGUUACCUGUAUAAAAGACACCUGUCCACACACUCAAUCAAACAGACUCCAACCUCUCCACAAUGGCCAAGACCAGAGAGCUGUGUAAGGACAUCAGGGAUAAAAUUGUAGACCUGCACAAGGCUGGGAUGGGCUACAGGACAAUAGGCAAGUAGCUUGGUGAGAAGGCAACAACUGUUGGCGCAAUUAUUAGAAAAUGGAAGAAGUUCAAGAUGACGGUCAAUCACCCUCGGUCUGGGGCUCCAUGCAAGAUCUCACCUCGUGGGGCAUCAAUGAUCAUGAGGAAGGUGAGGGAUCAGCCCAGAACUAUAAUAAUAAUAAUAUAAUAUGCCAUUUAGCAGACGCUUUUAUCCAAAGCGACUUACAGUCAUGACUACACGGCAGGACCUGGUCAAUGACCUGAAGAGAGCUGGGACCACAGUCUCUAAGAAAACCAUUAGUAACACACUACGCCGUCAUGGAUUAAAAUCCUGCAGCGCACGCAAGGUCCCCCUGCUCAAGCCAGCGCAUGUCCAGGCCCGUCUGAAGUUUGCCAAUGACCAUCUGGAUGAUCCAGAGGAGGAAUGGGAGAAGGUCAUGUGGUCUGAUGAGACAAAAAUAGAGCUUUUUGGUCUAAAAUCCACUCGCCGUGUUUGGAGGAAGAAGAAGGAUGAGUACAACCGCAAGAACACCAUCCCAACCGUGAAGCAUGGAGUGGAAACAUCAUUCUUUGGGGAUGCUUUUCUGCAAAGGGGACAGGACGACUGCACCGUAUUGAGGGGAGGAUGGAUGGAGCCAUGUAUCGCGGGAUCUUGGCCAACAACCUCCUUCCCUCAGUAAGAGCAUUGAAGAUGGGUCGUGGCUGGGUCUUCCAGCAUGACAACGACCCGAAACACACAGCCAGGGCAACUAAGGAGUGGCUCCGUAAGAAGCAUCUCAAGGUCCUGGAGUGGCCUAGCCAUUCUCCAGACCUGAACCCAAUAGAACAUCUUUGGAGGGAGCUGAAAGUCCAUAUUGCCCAGCGACAGCCCCGAAACCUGAAGGGUCUGGAGAAGGUCUGUAUGGAGGAGUGGGCCAAAAUCCCUGCUGCAGUGUGUGCAAACCUGGUCAAGACCUACAGGAAACGUAUAAUCUCUGUAAUUGCAAACAAAGGUUUCUGUACCAAAUAUUAAGUUCUGCUUUUCUGAUGUAUCAAAUACUUAUGUCAAGCAAUAAAAUGCUUAUUUAUUUUUUAAUUUCUUAAUUUCUUAAAAAUCAUACAAUGUGAUUUUCUGGAUUUUUGUUUUAGAUUCCGUCUCUCACAGUUGAAGUGUACCUAUGAUAAAAAAUUACAGACCUCUACAUGCUUUGUAAGUAGGAAAACCUGCAAAAUCGGCAGUGUAUCAAAUACUUGUUCUCCCCACUGUAUGCCUGUAGUUAUUGAACUCAACGUGCAGAAGGUUUGUUUGUUGUGAAUGAGUGGGGGGGAACCAGCCAGGCCCACCCUUCGCCCCUGAAUGGUUGUGUGCCAUGUCUAUCAUGUUAAACACCUAUCAAGGAUUGUGAAAUCUGGCAUGUGUCUGCAAUGUAGUCAGCCUCGAACCCAUCAUUUACAAUUGUCUUUAUGUUGUCUGCAAUGCCUCUUUAAGGGGACAGUUCACUCUAAAAUCAAAGUCUGUCAAGCAUUUGCAGACCUCAGAAGUGGUCUAAUGUUGAUAUAUGUCCAUGUCGCAUGGCAUCCGUUUUAUUGAGCUAUAUGCCAAAUGAAAUGGAAAGAUAGGCUAGUAGUUUAAUUUACUGAUUUAAUUCGGUGUCUACAUUUUCGGUAUAUAGCUGGAAAUACACAAAACUUGGGAUGUGGACACAUCUCGACGUUCGACCAAACUUUGAACUAUCACUUUAAGUUUAACGAAUGUAUGUUUCUGAUUGGUUCCUGGGCCCUCUAGAUCUGGUGGCUGGACGCAGAGCUGACGUGUGGUCAGACGCGCCCGCUAGUCUUCACUCAGGGCCAUUCAGUCUGCAACCGCUCCUUCUUCCCCUGCUUCGACACACCUGCUGUCAAGAGCACUUACACCGCUACUGUCAGGGUGAGUGUCCCUGUCACACCUCUAGUGCCGGUUUCCAGAGAAACCUGACCCUAUUGUUUUGAUGUUGACAUAACAUAAACCUGUCUUUACAUUUUUAUGUAACACACAUCAGCCGUCAAGAGCACCUACACGCCACCAUCAGGGCAAGUCACCAUACAAACCUGCGUCGUGUUGAUGUAGCUAAUGUUUAUUUAAAAAAUAUAUAUAUUUAACCUUCAUUUUAUAAGGUAGUCAUACUGAGACCAAGGUCUCUUUUACAGAUGAGCUCUGAAUUACAGAAAUUACAGAAAAUACACACAUCAAAAUAUAAAUACAAAAUGCAAGCAGAAAGAAGAAACAGUCAUAAAAAACAAACGCAUUCAUCAGUAAUAAGGUAAUAAGGGUCUCAAUCAGCUUUCUGAAUUGCACUAGAGGCACCAGAACAUCAAGUUUAAGAACAUUUUGAAGAUUGUUCCACAAAUAAGGUGCAAGAAAACAACUAAAAGCUGAUUUAACUAACUCAGUAGAGACCAAAGGAACUUCCAGAGUUAGCCAUCCCUGAGACUGGGUGUGGUAACUCAAAUGUCUGAAGUUUAGUAAUGAUGUUCGGUACAUGGGGACUUUUUGUAAAAGGGCUUUAUAAAUAGCAACGUAUCAACCUAUGUGACAUCAAAGAGGGCCAACCAACUUUCUGGUAGAGAAUGCAGUGAUGAGUACUAAAACUGUCGCCCGUAACAAAGUGCAGUGCACUAUGAUGAACUGCAUCUAACGGCUUUAAUGAAGUGACAGCUGAGUUCAUGUGAAAGAAAAAAAAAAGUAUGCACUCACUAACUGUAAGUCGCUCUGGAUAAGAGCGUCUGCUAAAUGACUAAAAUGUAAAAUGAUGUCGCCAUAGUCUAGGACUGAUAGGAACGUCGACUGAAGAAUCUGCUUUCUACUAUUUAGCGAGAGGCAGGACCUAUUUAUAUAGAACAAGCCCAUUUUUAUUCUCAGCUUCUUAACUAACUCAUCAAUAUGCUUUUUAAGACAGCUUUUCAUCUAUCCAGAUGCCCAGAUAUUUGUAAGCACAGACACGAUCAAUAUGGACACCAUCCAAAGUACAUUUGCUUAAAACAUCAGACUUAUUUUUAUGCUCUCUAGAGAACAACAUAUACUUAGUUUUACCUGCAUUUAGUACUAAUUUCAGGUCAAUAAAGGUUGUCUGUAGUACAAUGAAGGCAGACUGUAGUUCAGAUAGAUCCUGGUCAACAGUGGGGGCAAUAGCAUACACAACAGUAUCAUCGGCAUACAAGUGCAGGUUAAAUGUUUUUACAGACAAGUCGAUAUUGUUAAUGUAAACAGUAAAAAGUACAGGACCUAGAACCGACCCCUGCAGGACACCUUUCGUAAUACCCAGGAAACAUGAUUUAAUACCAUAAGUAGAUAUACAGUGUAUUCUGAAAGUUUUCAGACCCCUUGACUUUUUCCACAUUUUGUUACGUUACAGCCUUAUUCUAAAAUUGAUUAAAUAGUUUUCCCCCCCCCCUCAUCAAUCUACACACAAUACCCCAUAAUGACAAAGCAAAAACAGGUUUUUAGACAUUUUUGCACAUUUAUAAAAAAAAAAAAGAACUGAAAUAUCACAUUUACAUAAGUAUUCAGACCCUUUACUCAGUACUUUGUUGAAGCACCUUUGGCAGCGAUUACAGCCUCGUCUGCUUGGGUAUGUCGCUACAAGCAUGGCACACCUGUAUUUGGGGAGUUUCUCCCAUUCUUCUCUGCAGAUCCUCUCAAGCUCUGUCAGGUUGGAUAGGGAGUGUCGCUGCACAGCUAUUUUCAGGUCUCUCCAGAGAUGUUCGAUCGGGUCCGGCCUCUGGCUGGGCCACUCAAGGACAUUCAGAGACUUGUCCUGAAGUCUCUCCUGUGUUGUCUUGGCUGUGUGCUUAGGGUCGUUGUCCUGUUGGAAGGUGAACCUUCGCCCGAGUCUGAGGUCCUGAGCGCUCUGGAACAGGUUUUCAUCAAGGAUCUCUCUGUACUUUGCUACGUUCAUCUUUCCCUCGAUCCUGACUAGUCUCCCAGUCCCAGCAGCUGAAAAACAUCCCCACAGCAUGAUGCUGCCACCACUAUGCUUCACCGUAGGGAUGGUGCCAGGUUUCCUCCAGACGUGACGCUUGGCAUUCAGGCCAAAGAGUUCAAUCUUGGUUUCAUCAGACCAGAAAAUCUUGUUUCUCAUGGUCUGAGAGUCCUUUAGGUGCCUUUUGGCAAACUCCAAGCGGGCUGUCAUGUGCCUUUUACUGAGGAGUGGCUUCCGUCUGGCCACUCUACCAUAAAAGCCUGAUUGGUGUAGUGCUGCAGAGAUGGCUGUCCUUCUGGAAGGUUCUCCCAUCUCCACAGAGGAACUCCGGAGCGCUGUCAGAGUGACCAUCGGGUUCUUGGUCACCUCCCUGACCAAGGCCCUUCUCCCCCAAUUGCUCAGUUUGGCUGGGCGGCCAGCUCUAGGAAGAGUCUUGGUGGUUCCAAACUUCUUCCAUUUAAGAAUGAUGUAGGCCACUGUGUUCUUGGGGACCUUCAAUGCUGCAGACAUUUUUUGGUACCCUUCCCAAGGUCUGUGCCUCAACACAAUCCUGUCUCGGAACUCUACGGGCAAUUCCUUCGACCUCAUGGCUUGGUUUUUGCUCUGACAUGCACUGUCAACUGUGGGACCUUAUAUAGACCGGUGUGUGCCUUUCCAAAUAAUGUCCAAUCAAUUGAAUUUACCACAGGUGGGCUCCAAUCAAGUUGUAAAAACAUCUCAAGGAUGAUCAAUGAAAACAGGAUGCACCUUAGCUCAAUUUCGAGUCUCAUAGCAAAGGGUCUGAAUACUUAUGUAAAUAAGGUAUUUCUGUUUCUUAUUUUUAUAAAUGUGAAUACUUUCCGAAUGCACUGUACAUUGAGUUCUAUCUGUCAAGAAUCCUUGAUUUUUUUCUCAGCUAAGAUCUUUCUUAUCUUUGAAAUGUAUUCUAAAUGUACAGUCGAGUUUUAGACCAGGUCGUAGCACUAUACUGUUGAUCACUCAAUCCUAAUUCAGAGGCUUUCCUCGAUUGGCCUAGAACAGGCUGCAUGUAACUGGUAAAAAAAAUUACUAAUAUUUUAGCUAGGCAAGAAAGUUUAGAAAUAGGCCGAUAAUUAUUUAGGUCACAAGGGUCAGCACCUUUGAAGGGGGAGUACAUGGGCCACCUUCCAAACCUUGGGGAUAGUACCAGAUAUAAUCGUCAGGUGAAAAAUAUUACAUUUACAUUUUCGUCAUUUAGCAGACGCUCUUAUCCAGAGCGUCUUACAAAUUGGUGGAUUCACCUUAUGAUAGCCAGUGGGACAACCACUUUACAAUAUUUUUUUUUGAGGAGUUGGGGUAAGGGGGGGUAGAAGGAUUACUUUAUCCUAUCCCAGGUAUUCCUUAAAGAGGUGGGGUUUCAAGUGUCUCCGGAAGGUGGUGAGUGACUCCGCUGUCCUGGCGUCGUGAGGGAGCUUGUUCCACCAUUGGGGUGCCGGAGCAGCGAACAGUUUUGACUGGGCUGAGUGGGAACUGUGCUUCCGUAGAGGUAGGAGAGCUAGCAGGCCAGAGGUGGAUGAACGCAAUGCCCUCGUUUGGGUGUCGGGACUGAUCAGAGCCUGAAGGUACGGAGGUGCCGUUCCCCUCACAGCUCCGUAGGCAAGCACCAUGGUCUUGUAGCAGAUGCGAGCUUCAACUGGAAGCCAGUGGAGUGUGCGGAGGAGCGGGGUGACGUGAGAGAACUUGGGAAGGUUGAACACCAGUUAAUGAUUGAGCAAUCAGUGGGGCAGAGAGUUGCAGCAAAAAUGGAUCAAGCAUAUUAGCUCCAAUGGAUCUUUUUACAUCAAUCUUAAGCAAGGCAUCUAGCACAUCACAGAUAGUAAAUUGUUGAAAUGAAAACAAAUAUUCACUAGAAGUUGACGGGUUAACCAUCGAGUCAGCUAGAGGCUGGCAGAGGGAAGAGCAGUCAAUUGACUGACCAGGGUUAAUAUACCACCGUUUCUGUCAAAUAAAAAGCCUGCAGUGAUAAAAUGUUGAUUUUAAAGCAUCACUUAUCCUAUUCCCAGUUAUUAUGCCAGAGUCAGACAGAACUUGCUUAGGCAGGGAAGAAGAGGAAUUUGUACGCUUCAGUGCAUUUACUGUUUUCCUAAAUUUAGAAGGAUCACCAGCAGAGUCAGAUAGAGCUUAAAAGGUAGCUUGAUUUAGCAUUCUUAAUCAAGAUAGUACAUCUGUUUCUCAAUUGUCUGAAACAUUGCCAGUCCACUACAGAGUCAGUUUUCCUUGGUUUGGCCAAGGCCUGAUUUCUCCUCUGAAUGAGCUCAGAUUAUUCUGAAGAAUUCCCAAGGGUUCGAUCUAUCUUUGAUUCUGAAUUGUUUAAAAGGGGCAUGUUCAUCUGCCAGAGGAAUAAAUAUGGAGGAUACAUUUUCUAGAGCCAACACAGGGUCAGGAAUACAGGAAGGAGUGGCUAAAUCAGAGUAGAACAUGUCAUGUAAAAAACAUUGAGCAGAAAAUGUAAAAUGUAUCUUCUUAAUUGCAUGAGGAUUAGUAUUUUUCUUUUUCGUAUCUCUAAUACAUACUAUGGGACAAUGAUCACUGAGCUCAUAUGAAAAUACUCCACUAGACAAAUAUUUAUGGGGGUUAUUAGUAAGAAUUAAAUAAAUCAAUGAAGAGUUAACAGGGUUUUUCACAUUUAGCCAUGUGGGUUUUGAGAUCAAUUGAGUCAGAUUAAAAUCAAUGCAUAUACUCUUAAAUUGAUCUGAGGCCAGGGAUAGCCAAUCCAGAUUCAAAUCCCCUAAAAUGACCAACUUCGAGGACAGAAAAGGUGUUAAACACUCAGAUAUAGCACCAAUAGCAUCUGUCAUGGCAGCAGCGGGGCGGUAAAUCCCACAACAAAUAAAUGUUUAUUCUGGUUUAUGGACACAUCUACAACCAGGAGGUCAAAUCUCUUGGGUAACGUAACGGAGUUAAGAACGUACCGUAAGCUCACUCCACAGCUAGCUUCAAAUGUCGCUGAUGGUGCUAUCGAAUUUGAGAGCUCAAAUGGUUGGUAAGUUGUCACGGAGGGCUGUCACGUGUGUUUGCGAGCAGAGGAUCACUGGUUCGAGCCCGGUAUGGGGACAGGGACAGUGGAGGAAGCUAUACUUAUAGCAGCACACUGAUGUCCGUUUUACUAACAGGUGUGAGAAAACUAGGCUGUGUUUACUAGCCCACGGUGUCAUGGCGUCAUUCACCUUCCCUGUCCCCGCGUCCAGGGUUGGUCAUACCGGGAAUUAACCAAGGCGUUACAUACAAUGGGUAUAAAAGUGGGAAAAAACUAAACCAAAAAGUAUUUGGUUUGUUCAAGUAAUACCUUGUGUUCUUUCAAUGUGUUCUCUUGUUUUGUGCCUAUGCUUCAGCUUAGGUUUGGUACAUUCCCCUGUUUAAAUAAAUCAUAAAUCAAUUCCAAAAGUCGUGUUACAGUGUUUGCAUUCAAGGUCAGGAUUUUAUAUAAGGGUAUUAGCAUACAGCAUUAAAUUCACUUGAAAGUGCUAUCCAAAGUGCACAUUAUGUUUUUAAUGGGACCUCCAAUGUUUUAUGGGCUUUAUAGUAAAGAAAUGUAAUUUAACUGUAAAAAUGUAUACACUUUUAAUGUGUCAUGAACACAACCAGUUUUGAUGUUUUCAUCUGAUUGUCAAACAAAUCACUUCAAAAAGUAGGUUAAGUAGAUUACCUGCGCAUGCUUGUCUACUCCAAAAUAAGUCCAGCAUCCGAACAGUGCACUGUGCACCUGCCAUUUGAAUGGAAAGGGACAUCUAUUACAAACACCAUAAGUGGAAUGAUAUUCAGCCUACAAAGUGGUGUGUAUUAAUGAAUGCCAAGGGAAGCCAGGCUUUGCCAAAAAUUAAGAAUAGAAAAUAAACAAAUGUAUAAAAUGAUUUCUCAUUUGUGUGUCUGUUUCAUAAUUGUCCUUGAAUUCGCAAGGGGCUGAAUCUAUUUAAUCAGAGAAAACCUUGAGCGAGGCAAACAGCGCCCCUCUGUCUUAGUGUCUGUAGCCUAUCAGAUACAUGGGUUACACAUACUAAGACGGAGGGGCACUGUUUCGCUCGCUCAAGGUUUUCUCUGAUGCUUUCUUCGUUGAGAUUGAUGAGUCUUGCUGUUGGUGUGCAUCUUGGUCAAAAUUAUCAAAAUAUUCAGACUCAGAGUUUGAAUCUUAAUCUUGGUUUAUUUGCUCUCUCUGUCUGUCUUGGUUUCUCUCCAUUUUAAUCUGGUUUGUCUAAAUAAAAUGGCUUUUAUAGAAUUACACCACUGUUUCUUUAAUCUCACUGUUAAUCUCACUCUGCUUUUCACAAUCUACAUCUCACUAUCCCUUCUGUAGUCUCAUUAGCACUCAUUGUCCUGUGACUGUGACACUCCUGCUUUGACAUAAUCUCCCUUUGUCACCAAGAGCAUCAAAAUGAGUUUCAUGAACUUUUUGUGUUUUUGUGGUGUGUGUGUGUGUGUGUGUGUGUGUGUGUGUGUGUGUGUGUGUGUGUGUGUGCAUGCCUGUUUGUGGGCGUGUGCAGGUGCCGGAUGGUGUGACGGUGUUGAUGAGUGCCUCCCGUACUGCCUACUCCAAGCAGGACAGGGUGUUCCAGUUCUCCAUGGAGUACCCCGUCCCAGCCUACCUGGUGGCCCUGGUGGCAGGGGACCUGCAGCACGUCGACAUCGGCCCCAGGUCAGUGGGAGUGACCCGAGUUAGCGUUAAUCUUCAUGUACUGGACCUAUGUCUCAAUUAUCUCUUCUUCCUCCCAAAGUGUGCACUUGUUCACUUCCCUUCACUCAUUUGAAAGGAAAUGACUGGCAUAUAUGGUGGAAACUCCCACUAGCUAAUGCCUCCACCAAUCCAAUGCUUUAAGAUUUGUGGGAAGUAGUGAAAGAGCAGUGUAGACUUCAGGAGAAAGAUAUUAGAGAAAUUAUUGUGAUGCAACCUUUGUCAUGAAUGUGUCAAACUCCAGUCCUUGAGGGCUGCAGUUACUGUUGGUUGUCGUUCCUCCCUUAAAUUGAUCAAUUAAGUCAUUGAUUAGCGAGGAAGUCCACACACCAUUGUUUCCUAGGUCUAAAUCAGACAAUAAUAUACAGUGGGGAAAAAAAGUAUUUAGUCAGCCAGCAAUUGUGCAAGUUCUCCCACUUAAAAAGAUGAGAGAGGCCUGUAAUUUUCAUCAUAGGUACACGUCAACUAUGACAGACAAAAUGAGACAAAAAAAUCCAGAAAAUCACAUUGUAGGAUUUUUUAUGAUUUUAUUUGCAAAUUAUGGUGGAAAAUAAGUAUUUGGUCAAUAACAAAAGUUUCUCAAUACUUUGUUAUAUACCCUUUGAUGGCAAUGACACAGGUCAAACGUUUUCUGUAAGUCUUCACAAGGUUUUCACACACUGUUGCUGGUAUUUUGGCCCAUUCCUCCAUGCAGAUUUCCUCUAGAGCAGUGAUGUUUUGGGGCUGUCGCUGGGCAACACAGACUUUCAACUCCCUCCAAAGAUUUUCUAUGGGGUUGAGAUCUGGAGACUGGCUAGGCCACUCCAGGACCUUGAAAUGCUUCUUACGAAGCCACUCCUUCGUUGCCCGGGUGGUGUGUUUGGGAUCAUUGUCAUGCUGAAAGACCCAGCCACGUUUCAUCUUCAAUGCCCUUGCUGAUGGAAGGAGGUUUUCACUCAAAAUCUCACGAUAUAUGGCCCCAUUCAUUCUUUCCUUUACACGGAUCAGUCGUCCUGGUCCCUUUGCAGAAAAACAGCCCCAAAGCAUGAUGUUUCCACCCCCAUGCUUCACAGUAGGUAUGGUGUUCUUUGGAUGCAACUCAGCAUUCUUUGUCCUCCAAACACAACGAGUUGAGUUUUUACCAAAAAGUUCUAUUUUGGUUUCAUCUGACCAUAUGACAUUCUCCCAAUCCUCUUCUGGAUCAUCCAAAUGCACUCUAGCAAACUUCAGACGGGCCUGGACAUGUACUGGCUUAAGCAGGGGGACACGUCUGGCACUGCAGGAUUUGAGUCCCUGGCGGCGUAGUGUGUUACUGAUGGUAGGCUUUGUUACUUUGGUCCCAGCUCUCUGCGGGUCAUUCACUAGGUCCCCCCGUGUGGUUCUGGGAUUUUUGCUCACCGUUCUUAUGAUCAUUUUGACCCCACGGGGUGAGAUCUUGCGUGGAGCUCCAGAUCGAGGGAGAUUAUCAGUGGUCUUGUAUGUCUUCCAUUUCCUAAUAAUUGCUCCCACAGUUGAUUUCUUCAAACCAAGCUGCUUACCUAUUGCAGAUUCAGUCUUCCCAGCCUGGUGCAGGUCUACAAUUUUGUUUCUGGUGUCCUUUGACAGCUCUUUGGUCUUGGCCAUAGUGGAGUUUGGAGUGUGACUGUUUGAGGUUGUGGACAGGUGUCUUUUAUACUGAUAACAAGUUCAAACAGGUGCCAUUAAUACAGGUAACGAGUGGAGGACAGAGGAGCCUCUUAAAGAAGAAGUUACAGGUCGGUGAGAGCCAGAAAUCUUGCUUGUUUGUAGGUGACCAAAUACUAAUUUUCCACCAUAAUUUGCAAUUAAAUUCAUUAAAAAUCCUACAAUGUGAUUUUCUGGAUUUUUUUCCCUCAAUUUGUCUGUCAUAGUUGACGUGUACCUAUGAUGAAAAUUACAGGCCUCUCUCAUCUUUUUAAGUGGGAGAACUUGCACAAUUGGUGGCUGACUAAAUACUUUUUUUCCCCACUGUAAAUGAAAGAACAACAUCCAGCUGACACUGUGGCAUUCCAGGCCUUGAGUUUGACGCCCCUGUACUGGCCCUAUGCAUCCACAUAUUAUCAUGUGUCAAUGUCCUCCUUCCUCCAUACCUUCAUAUAUUUGCCCUAGUGACCUAAUCGGCAGCAUCACAUGAGAUUUUCACAUGCACGCCAGCGUGGACGGGAAAUAUUUCUGGUAUCUCAGAUUGUUCUGGCAAUUCUCACAUAGAAACUUCAUUGGGUGGAAGGAUGUUCGAUAUGCUUUUUACAUUUGUAUCACAAACCAUUUUAGAGAAAAUCAUGAUUAAAGUGGCAAUUUUAAGCUCCUUUUAGACCUUUACAUGCCUCCUGUGAUCCGUGAACCAUACAUGAUAUAGACAACAUCUAGGAGUCAUUAUACUCCUUAUAGUGUGCUCUAAAAUAUGAAGUAUGUCUAGAUUUUGAAAUAAAAUGUUUCGCAUAAAUGUAUUCAACAUAAAAAAAUAUGAAUAUGAAUAUCUUAAAACUACCCUUUUUUGAUUUUGUUCAUUUUUAGACAUAUUGUUGAAAACGAUAUACUCUAGAAGUACAUCACAUUUCCAGAGUGGGCUGGCGUGGAAUCGCCCAAAUAGCAUGUGAUUUCUAUUAUCUAGCUAUAGUGGAAACGUUUCACCUCACUAGGAACCAAAUGGAAGUAAACUGUUCGAAACUGGGUGGGACCUACCUGAAUUUGUCCAAUAAGAAACUCGUUUUUGCUGCAAAACGUUUUUGCUACGGUUUGCACUAAUGAAUACACCCCUGCUGUCUUCCUCUGGCAGGAGCCGGGUGUGGGCAGAGCCGUGUAUACUGACCUGUGCUGUGAGCAAGCUAGGGGGUAGCGUGGAGCACUGGCUGAACGUGGCGGAGGACCUCUUCGGACCCUACUUGUGGGGAAGGUUAGAGCAAUACAGUUAUUUGUUCUAUGACACAAGAAUCUCAACUAUAUAGAACAAUGCAUGAGGGUACAGGUCAUGUUUUUUGUGACACUUAUGCACACCAGAGUAUGUAAACGGGGCGGAGCUGGAGCAGAGCGAGGAGCGUGCCCAAUUUGACUGGAGCGCUGAGCGAGAUUCCCAAAGGCUGGGGCUUUGUCCUUGUUGCCUGCUCCAAUUUCGCUCCAGUAGCGCUCACUUCACGAGCUCAGGGCAUGCCCGGCCCAGCAUGCAUUUGUAGUCUACUUGAGUCCUGCUAUAGCCCCUUGCUUUAGCUACCGUCACGGAGUUCGCUAAAUAUUUUCAUAAAGAAACUGAUAGAACACACAGGUGCUAAAUCAAGGUAACUUACAAAGAUGAGGACCAAGAGUGGGGUGAUGUAGUGUCCACAACUAAAGAAUCAUUGUGGAAUCUGAAAAUACACUUAUUGUCACGAUCGUCUAGGAGUGAAGGAGACCAAAGCGCAGCGUUUGCAGCGAACAUGUUGACUUUAUUACUUAAAGCAACCACGAAAAACAACAAAUGACGAUAGUGAAGUCCAACGACAAUGACUGAACACGGAACACUGGAACACUGGAACAAAAACCCACAAACACAAGGUGAAAACACACAGUUUAAAUAUGGCUCCCAAUCAGAGAUAACGAGCCGACAGCUGACACUCGUUACCUCCGAUUGGGAGUCAUUGAAAACAAACAAGGAAACACAACCACAUGACUACCCAACCAAACAGAAAACAACGAAACGAACACACCCUAAACCCAACCUAACCAAAACAAAACCCCAACAAAACGAAUACACCCUGGCUCAACUACAAGUCCCGGAGCCAGAGUGUGACAGUACCCCCCCCCUAAAGGCGCGGACUGCGACCGCGCCUCAACUAGGGCUAACCAAGGGAGGGCUGGGUGGGCAUACCUCUUCGGCGGUGGUUCAGGCUCUGGUCGUGAUCCCCACCCCACCAUAGUCACUACCCGCUUUCGUAGCCUCCUCCAACUGACCACCCUCCAAAUUAACCCCACCGGAUUAAGGGGCAGCACCGGACUAAGAGGCAGCACCGGACUAAGGGGCAGCACCGGACUAAGGGGCAGCACCGAGCUAAGGGGCAGCACCGGACUAAGGAGCAGCACCGGACUGAAUGGCGGAUCCUGGCUGGCUGGCUCUGGCGGAUCCUGGCUGGCGGGCGGAUCCUGGCUGGACGGCUCUGGCGGAUCCCGGCUGGACGGCUCUGGCGGAUCCCGGCUGGACGGCUCUGGCGGAUCCCGGCUGGACGGCUCUGGCGGAUCCCGGCUGGACGGCUCUGGCGGAUCCCGGCUGGACGGCUCUGGCGGAUCCCGGCUGGACGGCUCUGGCGGAUCCCGGCUGGACGGCUCUGGCGGAUCCCGGCUGGACGGCUCUGGCGGAUCCCGGCUGGACGGCUCUGGCGGAUCCCGGCUGGACGGCUCAUGGCUGGCUGACGGAUCUGGCUGCUCAUGGCUGGCUGACGGAUCUGGCUGCUCAUGGCUAGCUGACGGAUCUGGCUGCUCAUGGCUGGCUGACGGAUCUGGCUGCUCAUGGCUGGCUGACGGAUCUGGCUGUUCAUGGCUGGCUGACGGAUCUGGCUGCUCAUGGCUGGCGGAAGGCUCUGGCUGAUCCUGUCUGGCGGACGGCUCUGGCUGAUCCUGUCUGGCGGAAGGCUCUGGCUGAUCCUGUCUGGCGGAAGGCUCUGGCUGAUCCUGUCUGGCGGAAGGCUCUGGCUGAUCCUGUCUGGCGGAAGGCUCUGGCUGAUCCUGUCUGGCGGAAGGCUCUGGCUGCUCCUGUCUGGCGGAGAGCUCUAGCGGCUCCGGUCUGGCGGACGGCUCUGAAGGCUCAUGGCAGACGGGCGGCUUUGCAGGCUCAGUACAGACGGGCAGUUCCUGCGGCGCUUGGCAGACGGACAGUUCAGACGGCGUUGGGCAGACGGGCAGUUUCAGACGGCGUUGGGCAGACGGACAGUUCAGGCCCCGUUGGGCAGACGGGCAGUUCAGACGGCGUUGGGCCGACGGACAGUUCAGGCCCCGUUGGGCAGACGGCAGACUCUGGCUGUCUGAGGCGCAUCGUAGGCCUGGUGCGUGGUGCCGGAACAGGAGGUACCCGGCUGAGGACACGCAUCUCAGGGCUAGUGCGGAGAGAAGCAACAGGGCAUGCUGGACCCUGGGGACGCACCGUAGGCCUGAUGCGUGGUGCCGGAACUGGAGGUACCGGGCUGAGGACACGCAUCUCAGGGCUAGUGCGGGAAGCAGGAACAGGGCAUACUGGACCCUGGGGACGCACCGUAGGCCUGAUGCGUGGUGCCGGAACUGGAGGUACCGGGCUGAGGACACGCAUCUCAGGGCUAGUGCGGGAAGCAGGAACAGGACGCACAGGACUCGGGGAACACACAGGAGGCUUAGUGCGUGGUGUAGGCACUGGUGGUACUGGACUGGAGACAGGAGGUGGUGCCGGAAAUACCGGACCGUGCAGGCGUACUGGCUCCCUUGAGCACUGAGCCUGACCAACCUUACCUGGUUGUAUGCUCCCCGUCGCCUGACCAGUACAGGGAGGUGGAAUAACCCGCACCGGGCUAUGUAGGCGAACCGGGGACACCAUGCGUAAGGCUGGUGCCAUGUAAGCCGGCCCGAGGAGACGCACUGGUGACCGGAUGCGUGGGGCCGGCCUCAUGACAUCUGGCUCAAUGCUCAGUCUAGCCCGGCCGAUACGUGGAGCCGGAAUGUACCGAACCGGGCUAUGCCUGCGUACAGGAGACACCAUGCGCUCUACUGCGUAACACGGUGUCUGCCCGUACUCUCGCUCUCCACGGUCAGUCCAGGGAGUAGGCGCAGGUCUCCUACCUGACUUCGCCACACUCCCUUCUAGCCCCCCCCCAAGAAAUUUUUGGGUAGUACUCUCGGGCUUCCAGCCUUGCCUCCGUGCUGCCUCCUCAUAUCGCCGCCUCUCGGCUUUAGCUGCCUCCCGCUCUUCACGAGGACGGCGAUAUUCUCCCGGUUGAUCCCAAGGCCCCUCACCAUCCAGAAUCUCCUCCCAUGUCCAUGAAUCCUUUAUGGGAGUCCAUAAAUCCUGUGUAGGUAGGUCCUGUUGCCGCUUGACACGCUGCUUGGUCUUUUUGUGGUGGGUUUUUCUGUCACGAUCGUCUAGGAGUGAAGGAGACCAAAGCGCAGCGUUUGCAGCGAACAUGUUGACUUUAUUACUUAAAGCAACCACGAAAAACAACAAAUGACGAUAGUGAAGUCCAACGACAAUGACUGAACACGGAACACUGGAACACUGGAACAAAAACCCACAAACACAAGGUGAAAACACACAGUUUAAAUAUGGCUCCCAAUCAGAGAUAACGAGCCGACAGCUGACACUCGUUACCUCCGAUUGGGAGUCAUUGAAAACAAACAAGGAAACACAACCACAUGAUUACCCAACCAAACAGAAAACAACGAAACGAACACACCCUAAACCCAACCUAACCAAAACAAAACCCCAACAAAACGAAUACACCCUGGCUCAACUACAAGUCCCGGAGCCAGAGUGUGACACUUAUCCCGAAAGCAUGAUGGUGUACUUUAUUUACUACGUGCACAUGCUAAAAGAAAGGAAUGAGGUGGGUAGAUAACUAAGUGUGUCAUUGUAGCAAAGUAUUUAUAAAGUAAAUACUUUGCAACGUUUCGUUUCUAUUAUCUAUACCAGGGUUCGUCAACUAGGUUUGGCCUCGGGCCAAGUUUUUUCUGAGCUAAUAGUUGGUGGGCCAGAACAUAAUUAGCAUAUAAUAUUAGCACAAUUAAUUGCCCUACACAACAAAUUGAACAACAUUUAACACAUCUGAGUAGUACAUAAUACAUUUAGUGACAAUAACAUAACAAUUUUGAUCUGAUUACGCUCAUAAAAUCACCAAUGUCUCUAUUCAGUUAUUAUUUUUGUCUAUUUCUCUGUGCGUUGAUUGCUGGGGAAUGAGAGGUCUACGUAGACUACUGUAGGCUAAACUACUUUUUUAUGUCAACAUUCGUUCAGAACAAUUAGCUUGAUAGCAAGAGAAAAUGUCGCUCUCAAAGUAUCAAAAGGUGGAUAAUGAAAAUCAAAGUUUCAGGGAAGAAUGUACAGAGAGAUAUGCGUUCAUCUUACCAUAUUUUCCCAAUGCCAAGCCAGUGGGUCUUAUUUGCAAUGAAAAUGUCGCUGCUUGCAAUCUGACUUCAUUAUGAAUCUAAGCAUGGAACAAAGUGGUCUUCCCUCCCCAGACAGAGGCCCGACGCAGAAACAUUAAAGCGUUAACUGCAAGCUACACACACGGCUUAUUUGGCUGACAUAUUCUGUCACAAACGGGUUAAAUCUGCAGUUACAAGGAAGAGGGAAAACAGUCGUGUACAUGGUGGAAAAACUUGAGGCCUUUAUUAGGAAGCUUGAGUUGUUCAAUUUGGACUGGAAGGCUACUGCACUUCAGCACACUGAAGAAACGACAGACAGAGGGACCAGGCCGCACCAUUGUCACAGAGGUGUUGGAAGAUUUCAUCAAGCAGCUGAGGGACAACUUCUCCACCAGAUUUGAAGACUACAGCAUGCCCAAGGAUAUCAUUGCAUUUAUACGUGAUCCUCUCAGUCCGCCCAGGUGGAAAAUUCUCCUCCCUUGCUAAGAAAACGAUACACUCGCUGGAUGAGGCCGCAAUACAAACGGAGCUGAUUGAAUUCCAGACAUCGAGACAAAUCACGGAUGAGCUCAGGAGGGCCGAAUCCUUGUGUGCGUUUUUGGUGGCAUGCUCAGAGGAAUACAGCACAGUAAAGAAACUACCAUUUUAUGUGCUAACAAUGUUUGGAUCGACUUACACCUGCGAGUCCUCCUUUUCCUCAAUGAACGCAACAUAGAUUCACGACAGGAAUCGGCUUUCACAUAAGUCAGACUGCCUGCGCAUUAAAAUCAAAUCCAUCUCACCCGACAUCCACAAGAUUGUGUCCGAGUAAGGUGGACUCCAAUCAAGUUGUAGAAACAUCUCAAGGAUGAUCAAUGGAAACAGGAUGCACCUGAGCUCAAUUUUGAGUCUUAUAGCAAAGGGUCUGAAUACUUAUGUAAAUAAGGUGUUUCUGUUUUCUUUAUUUUUAAUAAACCUGUUUUAGCUUUGUCAUUAUGGGGUAUUGUGUGUAGAUUGGUGAGUAAUAUUUUUUAUUUAAUCAAUUUUAGAAUAAGGCUGUAACCUAACAAAAUAUGGAAAAAGUCAAGGGGUCUGAAUACUUUCCGAAUGCACUAUAGGUAGGGUAACUUCCUUCUUGGGACAUUGCGUUUGGGACUUUUGGUCCUAGAUGUUUUAUUAUUUCUAAAUGAAAAAAAUAUUCAUAAUAUUGAUUUGGCCUGCGGGCCACCAGUUGGGAAACCCUGAUCUAUACAAUACACCAUUGCAUGAGCCUGAAGUCACAGACUGGCCAAACUUGUGUUUCUAAAAAUGAAUUCAAAAAAUGAAUUCAAAGGCACUAAUAAGUCAUUUUUAGUUUAAUUUGUAUUUAAUUCUAAGUAAGUCACAGCCUAUAUGCACCAUUUAUAGACUAUAAUGGUUUAAUACAACAAAAUGUUGUUUAAAUACUGAGCGCUUUAUGUUCCUACCAGCCUAUUGUGUUGCACUCGCAAAUGCUUCACAAUGUAUUCCUUUGUAGGCCUAAAUAAUUCAUUUUUGUUCCUUCUUAGGCUCCUGACCUAUUUAGAGUGUUUAUAUGCUGUUUAAUAUGACAUGUUAUUUUUUCCUAUUUGAAAUUCUGUGCGCUUUUCUUUUUUUUCUUCCCAAUUUUGUGAAAUUCAAUUUUGUGAACCCGGAUCUGCAGUGACUUAGACCGCUGUGCCACUCGGGAGGCCCCUCACCUUUUCAUGUUUAUUCAAAUACUUUUCAUUCAAAUCCAUAUGGUUUGUUUUCAAUACUUCAAAACCAAAUGGUAAGUCCAGGUAGUCACAAAAAUAGGUGGGUGUUGGUUAAAUUGUGAUUUUAAUGAAUGGAGAGAAAUUGGAGUGGCAGGGGGGUACCGGUGCAGAGUCAAUGUGCGGGGCCACCGGCUAGUUGAGGUAGUUGAAGUAAUGUGUACAUGUGGGUAGAGUUAAAGUGACUAUGCAUAAAUAAUUAACAGAGUAGCAGCAGCGUAAAAAGAUGGGGUGGGGGGGCAGUGCAAAUAGUCCGGGUAGCCAUGAUUAGCUGUUCAGGAGUCUUAUGGCUUGGGGGUAGAAGCUGUUGAGAAGUCUUUGUCGUGCCCUCUUCACGACUGUCUUGGUGUGUUUGGACCAUGAUAGUUCGUUGGUGAUGUGGACACCAAGGAACUUGAAGCUCUCAACCUGUUCCACUACAGCCCCGUCGAUGAGAAUGGGGGCGUGCUCAGUCCUCUUUUUUUUCCCUGUAGUCCACAAUCAUCUCCUUUGUCUUGGUCACGUUGAGGGAGAGGUUGUUAUCCUGGCACCACACGGCCAGGUCUCUGACCUCCUCCCUAUAGGCUGUCUCAUCGUUGUCGGUGAUCAGGCCUACCACUGUUGUGUCGUCGGCAAACUUAAUGAUGGUGUUGGAGUCGUGCCUGGCCAUGCAGUCAUGGGUGAACAGGGAGUACAGGAGGGGACUAAGCACGCACCCCUGAGGGGCCCCCGUGUUGAGGAUCAGUGUGGCAGAUGUGUUGUUACCUACCCUUACCACCUGGGGGCGGCCCGUCAGGAAGUCCAGGAUCCAGUUGCAGAGGGAGGUGUUUAGUCCUAGGAUCCUUAGCUUAGUGAUGAGCUUUGAGGGCACUAUGGUGUUGAAUGCUGAGCUGUAGUCAAUGAAUAGCAUUCUCACGUAGGUGUUCCUCUUGUCCAGGUGGGAAAGGGCAGUGUGGAGUGCAAUAGAGAUUGCAUCAUCUGUGGAUCUGUUGGAGCGGUAUGCAAAUUGGAGUGGGUCUAGGGUUUCUGGGAUAAUGGUGUUGAUGUGAGCCAUGACCAGCCUUUCCUGGCCUUUCCAACUCCGCUCACAUCCUCUGAUACGCACACACACACUCACUUCAGAUACUCUGUCUCUUAGGCCUGGGUGAGUUGGGGUGUCUGUUUUUGUCCACGGCCUCUGUAGUAUUUGGUGGAGUUUGUUUGGUUAGCUAGCCAUACCAAUUACUAAUAUAGAGUGCAGAAUACAUUUAUUACCAAAUUCACAUGGCUAGACAGUCUUCAGAUUUAAAUGGUACAGUGUUCGCAGGUCCAGAAACUAAUGCUGCAUAUCUACAGUUUACUUCUUAACAGCUUCUACCCCCAAGCCAUAAGACUCCUGAACAGCUAAUCAUGGCUACCCGGACUAUUUGCAUUGUCCCCCCCACCCCACCCCCUUUUUACUCUGCUGCUACUCUCUGUUUAUUAUCUAUGCAUAGUCACUUUAACUCUACCCACAUGUACAUAUUACCUCAAUUACCUCGACUAACCUGUGCCCCCACACAUUUACUCUGUACCGGUACCCCCUGUAUAUAGCCUCCCUACUGUUAUUUUAUUUUACUGCUGCUCUUUCAUUAUUUUUAUUUUUGACAGACAUUCUUUUUACUUAACACUUAUUUUUCUUAAAACUGCGUUGUUGAUUAAGGGCUUGAAAGCAUUUCACUGUAAGGUCUACACCUGUUGUAUUCGGCGCAUGUGGCAAAUAAAAUUUGAUUUGAUUUACAGGGCUUUGAAGUCAUGCUAGGGAGAGGGAAGAUGGAACUGAAACAGUACAAAAACAUGCUAUGAAAGAGAACAAACCAGAAAACUGUACCACUCAGUCAAUUGAAGAGGUACAUUUCAUGUGAAGUCAUACAUUGAAAAAGUUCUGUACAAUUCAUUAAUUGAAUUUCAAUGCACUUCCUGGGCUGCUUCCCAAAUGGGGCCAAAUUCCCUAUAUAGUGCACUACUUUCACCCUAUUCCCUAUAUAGUGCACUUCUUUUGAGAUCAAUAGGAUGUAAUUUGGGACGGAGCCCUGAAUUGACCACAUGACAACCCUUGUAUCAUUCCGCCAACCUGGUCACAAACAGGUACGACAUAGUGUUCCUGCCUCCGUCGUUCCCCAUCGUGGCCAUGGAGAACCCCUGCCUCACCUUCAUAAUCUCCUCCAUCCUGGAGAGCCGGGAGUUCCUGCUGAUCGACGUCAUCCACGAGAUCGCCCACGGCUGGUUCGGCAACGCGGUCACCAACGCCACCUGGGAAGAGAUGUGGCUGAGUGAGGGACUGGCCACCUACGCACAGAGACGCAUCACUACCAAGGCCUACGGUGUGUAUAUGCACACACACACACACACACACACACACACACACACACAAAUGCCAACAGCUAAUCCCUCGUCCCUUUGUUUCCCCAGGUGAGGCCUUCACCUGUCUGGAGACUGUGUUCCGUCUAGACGCCCUGCACAGACAGAUGUGUCUCCUAGGAGACAACAACCCCGUCAGCAAGCUGCAGGUCAAAUUUGAGCCAGGUACAGAUGAAAGAUGGAUAAACACACACUCAAACAAGCGUGCACACACACACACACACAAACAGUCUGUGUAAUUUUGCUUCACAAAUAUAUACACUGCUCAAAAAAAUAAAGGGAACACUUAAACAACACAAUGUAACUCCAAGUCGAUCACACUUCUGUGAAAUCAAACUGUCCACUUAGGAAGCAACACUGAUUGACAAUAAAUUUCACAUGCUGUUGUGCAAAUGGAAUAGACAACAGGUGGAAAUUAUAGGCAAUUAGCAAGACACACCCAAUAAAGGACUGGUUUUGCAGGUGGUGACCACAGACCACUUCUCAGUUCCUAUGCUUCCUGGCUGAUGUUUUGGUCACUUUUGAAUGCUGGCGGUGCUUUCACUCUAGUGGUAGCAUGAGACGGAGUCUACAACACACACAAGUGGCUCAGGUAGUGCAGCUCAUCCAGGAUGGCACAUCAAUAAGAGCUGUGGCAAGAAGGUUUGCUGUAUCUGUCAGCGUAGUGUCCAGAGCAUGGAGGCGCUACCAGGAGACAGGCCAGUACAUCAGGAGACGUGGAGGAGGCCGUAGGAGGGCAACAACCCAGCAGCAGGACUGCUACCUCUGCCUUUGUGCAAGGAGGAGCAGGAGAAGGACUGCCAGAGCCCUGCAAAAUGACCUCCAGCAGGCCACAAAUGUGCAUGUGUCUGCUCAAACGGUCAGAAACAGACUCCAUGAGGGUGGUAUGAGGACCCGACGUCCACAGGUGUGGGUUGUGCUUACAGCCCAACACCGUGCAGGACGUUUGGCAUUUGCCAGAGAACACCAAGAUUGGCAAAUUCGCCACUGGCGCCCUGUGCUCUUCACAGAUGAAAGCAGGUUCACACUGGUCUGGAGACGCCGUGGAGAACGUUCUGCUGCCUGCAACAUCCUCCAGCAUGACCAGUUUGGCGGUGGGUCAGUCAUGGUGUGGGGUGGCAUUUCUUUGGGGGGCCGCACAACCCUCCAUGUGCUCGCCAGAGGUAGCCUGACUGCCAUUAGGUACCGAGAUGAGAUCCUCAGACCCCUUGUGAGACCAUAUGCUGGUGCGGUUGGCCCUGGGUUCCUCCUAAUGCAAGACAAUGCUAGACCUCAUGUGGCUGGAGUGUGUCAGCAGUUCCUGCAAGAGGAAGGCAUUGAUGCUAUGGACUGGCCCGCCCGUUCCCCAGACCUGAAUCCAAUUGAGCACAUCUGGGACAUCAUGUCUCGCUCCAUCCACCAACGCCACGUUGCACCACAGACUGUCCAGGAGUUGGCGGAUGCUUUAGUCCAGGUCUGGGAGGAGAUCCCUCAGGAGACCAUCCGCCACCUCAUCAGGAGCAUGCCCAGGCGUUGUAGGGAGGUCAUACAGGCACGUGGAGGCCACACACACUACUGAGCCUCAUUUUGACUUGUUUUAAGGACAUUACAUCAAAGUUGGAUCAGCCUGUAGUGUGGUUUUCCACUUUAAUUUUGAGGGUGACUCCAAAUCCAGACCUCCAUGGGUUGAUAAAUUUGAUUUCCAUUGAUCAUUUUUGUGUGAUUUUGUUGUCAGCACAUUCAACUAUGUAAAGAAAAAAAUAUUUAAUAAGAUUAUUUCAUUCAUUCCGAUCUAAGAUGUGUUAUUUUAGUGUUCCCUUAAUUUUUUUGAGCAGUGUAUAUAUAUUUCUUUAAAUGACUACUGUUACUCUGUUUUCUUGUCUUUCAUUCUCUCUCCUUUCAUGUUUUUUUUCUUCCCUUAGGUAUUAAUCCCAGUAGUCUGAUGAAUUUGUUCACUUAUGAGAAAGGCUUUUGCUUUGUCUCAUACCUCUCUCAACUCUGUGGCGACGUCAAGCGCUUCGAUAGCUUCCUAAGGGUAAGAGAGCGCAUGAACACACACACACACACACACACCACACACACAGGCACACCACAUCACUUGAAACUGUGUCAUGUUUCUAUCUCUCAGGCCUACAUAGAGCAGUUUAAGUUCAGCAGUGUUGUGGCCCAGGACCUGCUCAAUUUAUUCCUGGGCUUCUUUCCUGAGCUGAAGGAGAGCUGUGUGGCCCAGAGAGAGGGUGAGUCCGUCACUCACAUCACCAGUUUCAUGGGAAAAGGAACAAAAAGAUACAGCCCACCCAACUUGUUUCAAGUGCUGGAUAGCAGUGUCAAAUGUCUUUUUGUUUGUGUGAACCCCAGAACUGAAGAGGUAUAAUACUUGUUUCUCUCUCGCUCUCUCUCUCUCUCUCUCUCUCUCCUCUCUCCUUCUCUCUCUCUCUCUCUCUCUCUCUCUCUCUCUCUCUCUCACUCCUCUCUCUCUCUCUCUCUCAAUCUCUCUCUCUCUCUCUCUCUCCUCUCCUCUUCUCUCUCCAAUCUCUCGAUCUCUCUUUCUCUCUCGUCUCUCUCUCUCGCUCUCUCUCUCUCUCCAGGGUUGGGGAGUUUGAGCGGUGGCUGAACGGUUGUGGCCCCCCCCUGUGCGAACCGGACCUCUCGGCCGGUGGAGUUCUGACCGGUCCCGUCCAGAAUCUAUGUGACCUGUGGGCCAGCGAACCCCCGGACCCUGCAGCUAUCUCAAACUUUAACCUCUCCUCUUGGAGCACCUUCCAGACCGUUCUCUUCCUGGACCGACUGCUGGACCGCUCACCCCUCUCACACGGUAGGCACCAUACUAUGUAUCAAGCUUCUUACUGUAGGAGUGCUGAUUUAGGAUCAGUUUUUCCUUUUCUAUAAUAAUAAGUAAGAUGUACAAAUUGAAGUCGGAAUUCCUGACAUUUAAUCCUAGUAAAAAUUCCCUGUCUUAGGUCAGUUAGGAUCGCCACUUUAUUUUAAGAAUGUGAAAUGACAGAAUAAUAGAGAUAAUUAUUUAUUUCAUAUUUUAUUUAUUUAAUCACAUUCCCAGUGGGUCAGAAGUUUACAUACACUCUAUUAGUAUUUGGUAGCAUUGCCUUUAAACUGUUUAACUUGGGUAAAACGUUUCGGGUAGCCUUCCACAAGCUUCCCACAAUACGUUGGGUGAAUUUUGGCCCAUUCCUCCUGACAGAGCUGGUGUAACUGAGUCAGGUUUGUAGGCCUCCUUGCUUGCACGCGCUCUUUCAGAUCUGCCCACAAAUGUUCUAUAGGAAUGAGGUCAGGGCUUUGUGAUGGCCACUCCAAUACCUUGACUUUGUUGUCCUUAAGCCAUUUUGCCACAACUUUGGAAGUAUGCUUGGGGUCAUUGUCCAUUUGGAAGACCCAUUUGCGACCAAGCUUUAACUUCCUGACUGAUGUCUUGAGAUGUUGCUUCAAUAUAUCCACAUAAUUUUCCUUCCUCAUGAUGCCAUCUAUUUUGUGAAGUGCACCAGUCCCUCCUGCAGCAAAGCACCCCCCACAGCAUGAUGCUGCCACCCCCGUGCUUCACGGUUGGGAUGGUGUUCUUCAGCUUGCAAGCGACCCCCUUUUUCCUCCAAACAUAACGAUGGUCAUUAUGGCCAAACAGUUCUAUUUUUGUUUCAUCAGACCAGAGGACAUUUCUCCAAAAAGUACGAUCUUUGUCCCCAUGUGCAGUUGCAAACCGUAGUCUGGCUUUUUUAUGGCGGUUUUGGAGCAGUGGCUUCUUCCUUGCUGAGCGGCCUUUCAGGUUAUGUCGAUAUAAGACUUGUUUUACUGUGGAUAUAGAUACUUUUGUACCUGUUUCCUCCAGCAUCUUCACAAGGUCAAAUGACUCAAAUGAUGUCAAUUAGCCUAUCAGAAGCUUCUAAAGCCAUGACAUCAUUUUCUGGAAUUUUCCAAGCUGUUUAAAGACACAGUCAACUUAUUGUAUGUAAACUUCUGAUCCACUGGAAUUGUGAUACAGUGAAUUAUAAGUGAAAUAAUCUGUCUGUAAACAAUUGUUGGAAAAAUUACUUGUGUCAUGCACAAAGUAGAUGUCCUAACCGACUUGACAAAACUAUAGUUCGUUAACAAGACAUUUGUGGAGUGGUUAUAAAACGAGUUUUAAUGACUCCAACCUAAGUGUAUGUAAACUUCCGACUUAAAACUGUACAUGGACAGGGGGGACCUGAUCCUUGAUCAGCACUCCUACUCUUGAGACGCUUUAUGAAUACGGACCCUGGCUUCAAAUACAUGAGCGUCGUGUAUUUCAGCAUUUUUGGGACUAUUCCAUUGGUUCCGUUGUACCAAGGAAAAUGUUGUGUAAAUCAAGCUACCCCAGAGAGUGAUAGGAUGUUCUGUGUGUGUGUCAGAGGUGAUGGGUCAGUUGUCAGGCUGCUACUCGGCCCAGCUGGAUGAGAUGAACGCCGAGGUGCAGAUCCGCUGGCUGCAGAUCGUGGUGCGGAACAGCUUCUACCCUGACCUGCCCCGCAUCCGCGGCUUCCUGCACAAACACGUGAGUGGUGACUGAACCAGACGGCGAGGGCAUGUUCCAAAUGGCACCCUAUUCCCUAUGUAGUGUAUUCAUAGGGAAUAGGGUGCCAUUUGGGAUGAUACCCUAUUCCCCACUAUAUAGGGAAUAGGGUGCCAUUUGGGAUGAUACCCUAUUCCCCACUAUAUAGGGAAUAGAGUGCCAUUUGGGACGCAGAUAGGGUCACUCUGGCCCUGUUCAAAUACUAGUGCUGAACAGUUAACCGAAAUGGCGGUUAUUUUUGAAUUUUCUUACAACGGUUCAAUUAUUAGAAUUCCAUUUCGUUCCGUUUUUUUGUGUGAGCUCAAUGUGCAGUUUCUCUAGAGAGAAAUCAGAACAAAUUCUGAACUGUGCGAUGUAGUAGGGAGUUGUAGUUUCCAACAGGCCAAUAUUCUACAUAGUUUAGCACAGAAAAGGUAAUGAACUACAAUGACUGUAAUCCAUUGCGCGCCUAUUUGUCUGGUGUGGGGCAGACACAGAGAGGGAGAGAAGUGACUGAGAGAAGAGAUGGAAGAACGCAUGAUGGAGAGGGAUAGAGAGCAGUUGCUUCACGAGGUAUCUCUAACUUAAAAUACAUGAUCUAAGUGAUUGAUAGUUGGUAUUCAGCAGUAAUAAAAGCAUGCUUUAUUUACUUUGAAGAACUACUAAAAUUGUGAUUUAGUCAGACAGCAUAGGCAGCAGCUCUAUAGAGAUGAGAUGAUGACUUGGAAUGAAAUAAUAAAGUCAUCAAAUAAAACAAAUGUAAUAUACACAACAACUGAAAUAUUUUAUGAAAGUAAUGUGAAUAAAUGAUGGUUAUUAAGUGAUAAGCAGUAAUGGGCAGUCACUACCAUCAUGGGACUUUUAUUAAUUGUUGUAUUCUGUGUUGUUACAGCAUUCAACCCACAUAAUGCAUAGUGUAGUUAAUGUAAAAAACAACAAAACAUUUAAACCAAAAUAGAAAACCGUGAACCGAAACUGAUCCUACCUCAAAAAGCACUAAUUGCUCAGCACUAUCAAAUACUUAAAGGGAUAGUUCACUUUUUUAAAGUCAAAAGGGCGGUGCAGUUAAACUUGAUUUUCCUGUUUUUUAAAUGAUAUUUCCACACUAUGAGAUCGAAAUAACACUCUGAAAUUGUACAAAUUAUGAUAAUACCCCUUUUUAUGUAAGAGCUGUUUGAAAAGAAAUCCUAGAAUUUCAGCCUGUUCAGGUGGGAUGGAACUUUUGGCCCACAUCAUGAUGUCACAAUGUGAUCUGAUUAUAAUAGACUAAUUACUGUUAAUUUGGGUAAGGGGGUGGGCUCUAGACCAUCCUAUCAGCCAAUCAGGGCUGUGUAUGUUAAUAUCUUCACAUUUGUUUCGUAACGCCAACACGAUCAGACUGAGCAUUUCAAGGGCCAGAGGUUAUUUUCAUUAAAUAAACAGUGAUUUAUUAGACAUACAGUGAUAUUUUUUAAAUAAAAUUAUGACGACUGCAUGGGGGCUUUAAGCUUAUUUCCGACUUUUGAACGCAUUACUAACUGAUACAAUCCGUUUCCACUAGCAUUGCUAUAUUCUACAAAGACUCUAGCCAGGAUAUUCUGGACGUUGCUAAAUAACCAGCUAACAAACUGAACUGUCACCUUUUUUUUUUAUCACUAAACAAUGCAUCCUUCCUUCCUCAUAUACUUACAAUAAUCACAGAUCUAUAAGUGAUUGGUUAGGUGAAUGCUGUUACUUUCCAAUUCAACCAAUUCAAGAUCUGUAAUUAAUUCAAGGAAGAAAAGAAGGAUGUUUAUACAGCGAAUCUGACUGAUCUAUCUGCAGCUCGAUUUUUAAAAAUCACUCAAUUACCUUACAUCACGGUUUCCCAAACUCAAUCCUGGGGCCUCCCAGGGGUGCACAUUUUAGAUUUUGCCCUAGCACUACAUAGCUGAUUCAAAUAAUCAAAGCUUGAUGAUGAGUUGAUUAUUUGAAUCAGCUGUGUAGUGCUAGGGCAAAAAACAAAGCAUACACCCCUGGGAGGCCCCAGGACCAAGUUUGGGAAACCCUGCUACAUGUGUUCCUUUUUCCACUCACUCUAUUACUGUGCAGUUAUAAAAGUACUAUGUAACAACAUAUGAAUUCAAUAGAGACUACACAAGAAUUACAUUUACAUUUUAGUCAUUUAGCAGACGCUUAAGAGCAAAUUACAGGAAUAAUUAGGGUUAAGUGCCUUGCUCAAGGGCACACCGGCAGAUUUUUCACCUAGCCAUCUCAGGGAUUCGAACCAACGACCUUUCGGGACGUUACUGGUCCAACGCUCUUAACCACUAGGCAAUCUGCCGCCCCAAAUAAAAGCUAUUAAAAGGGAUGGCAGGAUGGGGAUGGAGGGAACAUGUCACUUUUGGCCAAUGCAAGAACAUUGUUCUCGGGUCUGAGCUGCACCUCAAAAUCUUUAAAAUAAAACUAGAGUGUAAUUCUUCACAGAGCAGCAUGAGGCUCUCGUGGAGCCAGCGUACUUACGCCCAGAUUUUUAUUGAAAUGGAUAGAGGUGUCUCACACUCUGCAAAAGUUAUACGUCUAGUGUAGCAGGCCAGUUACUCAUAUAGUGCAUUCGGAAAGUAUUCAGACCCCUUGACUUUUUCCACAUUUUGUUACAUUACAGCCUUAUUCUAAAAUUGAUUAAAUAGUUUUUUUCCCUCAUCAAUUUACAAACAAUACCCCAUAAUGACAAAGCAAAAACAGAUAUUUAAAAAUGUUUGCAAAUUUAUUAAAAACUGAAAUAUCACAUUUACAUAAGUAUUCAUGGGGAGCGUCGCUCGGGUUCAAGUCCGGGCUCUGGCUAGGCCACUCUAGGACAUUCAGAGACUUGUCCUGAAGCCACUCCUGCGUUGUCUUGCCUGUGUGCUUAGGGUCGUUGUCCUGUUGAAGGUGAAACUUCGUCCCAGUCUGAGGUCCUGAGCGCUCUGGAGCAGGUUUUCAUCAAGGAUCUCUCUGUACUUUGCUCCGUUCAUCCUGACUAGUCUCCCAGUCCCUGCCGCUGAAAAACAUCCCGACAGCAUGAUGCUGCCACCACCAUGCUUCACCGUAGGGAUGGUGCCAGGUUUCCUUCAGAAGUGACGCUUGGCAUUCAAACCAAAGAGUUCAAUCUUGGUUUCAUCAGACCAGAGAAUCUUGAGAGUCCUUUAGGUGCCUUUUGGCAAACUCCAAACGGGCUGUCAUGUGCCUUUUACUGAGGAGUGGCUUCCGUCUGGCCACUUUACCAUGAAGGCCUGAUUGGUGGAGUGCUGCAGAGAAGGUUGUCCUUCUGGAAGGUUCUCCCAUCUCCACAGAAGAACUCUGGAGCUUUGUCAGAGUGACCAUCGAGUUCUUGGUCACCUCCCUGACCAAGGCGCUUCUCCCCCGAUUGUUCAGUUUGGCCGGGCAGCCAGCUCUAGGAAGAUUCUUGGUGGUUCCAAACUUCUUCCAUUUUAGAAUGAUGGAGGCCACUGUGUUCUUGGGGACCUUCAAUGCUGCAGACAUUUUUUGGUACCCUUGCCCAGAUCUGUGCCUCGACACAAUCCUGUCUCGGAGCUCAACGGACAAUUCCUUUGACCUUAUGGCUUGGUUUUUGCUCUGACAUGCACUGUCAAUUGUGGGACCUUGUAUAGACAGGUGUGUGCCUUUCCAAAUCAUGUCCAAUCAAUUGAAUUUAACACAGGUGGACUCCAAUCAAGUUGUAAAAACAUCUCAAGGAUGAUCAAUGGAAACAGGAUGCACCUGAGCUCAAUUUCAAGUCUCAUAGCCAAGGGUCUGAAUACUUAUGUAAAUAAGGUAAUUCAGUUUUUUAUGGGGUAUUGUUUGUAGAUUGAUGAGGGAAAAAAACAUUUAAUCCAUUUUUAGGCUGUAACAUAACAAAAUGUGGAAAAAGGGAAGGGGUCGUAAUACUUUCCGAAUGCACUGUAUGUCAUAGCCAAAUGGCGUCAAACGGUGUGUCUCCCCUCAGCAGUUCAAAUCAAAUCAAAUUUUAUUUGCCACAUGCGCCGAAUACAACAGGUGUAGACCUUACAGUGUAAUGCUUAAUAACAAGCCCUUAACCAACAAUGCAGUUUUUAAGAAAAUAAAAAGUUAAAAAUAGAUAUGUAAAAAAUUAAAAUAGUUAAUAAUUAAAGAGCAGCAGUGAAAUAAAAUAACGGAAAGGAGGUAUAUACAGGGGGUACCGGUACAGAGUCAAUGUGCGGGGGCACCGGUUAGUCGAGGUAAUUGAGGUAAUAUGUACAUGUAGGUAGAGUUAAAGUGACUAUGCAUAGAUAAUAUGCAGAAUAGCAGCAGCGUAAAAGAGGGGGUGGGGGGGUGGAGUGGGGGGGCAAUGCAAAUAGUCCAGGUAGCCAUGAUUACCUGUUCAGGUGUCUUAUGGCUUGGGGGUAGAAGCUGUUAAGAAGCCUUUUGGACUUAGACUUGGUGCUCCGGUACCGCUUGCCGUGCGGUAGCAGAGAGAACAGUCUAUGACUAGGGUGGCUGGAGUCUUUGACAAUUUUUAGGGCCUUCCUCUGACACAGCCUGGUAUAGAGGUCCUGGAUGGCAGGAAGCUUUGUCCCAGUGAUGUACUUGGCCGUACGCACUACCCUCUGUAGUGCUUUGAGGUUGGAGGCCGAGCAGUUGCCAUACCAGGCGGUGAUGCAACCAGUCAGGAUGCUCACAAUGGUGCAGUUGUAGAACGUUUUGAGAAUCUGAGGACCCAUGACAAAUCUUUUUAGUCUCCUGAGGGGGAAUAGGCUUUGUUGUGCCCUCUUCACGACGGUCUUAGUGUGUUUGGACCAUGAUAGUUUGUUGGUGAUGUGGACACCAAGGAACUUGAAGCUCUCAACCUGUUCCACUACAGCCCCAUCGACGAGAAUGGAGACGUGCUCGGUCCUCUUCUUUUUCCUGUAGUCCACAAUCAUCUCCUUUGUCUUGAUCACGUUGAGGGAGAGGUUGUUAUCCUGGCACCACACGGCCAGGUCUCUGACCUCCUCCCUAUAGGCUGUCUCAUCGUUGUCGGUGAUUAGGCCUAACACUGUUGUGUCAUUGGCAAACUUAAUGAUGGUGUUGGAGUCGUGCCUGGCCAUGCAGUCAUGGGUGAACAGGGAGUACAGGAGGGGACUGAGCACGCACCCCUGAGGGGCACCCGUGUUGAGGAUCAGCGUGGCAGAUAUGUUGUUACCUAUCCUUACCACCUGGGGGCGGCCCGUCAGGAAGUCCAGGAUCCAGUUGCAGAGUGAGGCGUUUAGUCCCAGGGUCCUUAGCUUAGUGAUGGGCUUUGAGGGCACUAUGGUGUUGAAUGCUGAGCUGUAGUCAAAGAAUAGCAUUCUCACGCAGGUGUUCCUCUUGUCCAGGUGGGAAAGGGCAGUGUGGAGUCCAAUAGAGAUUGCGUCAUCUGUGGAUCUGUUGGGGUGGUAUGCAAAUUGGAGUGGGUCUAGGGUUUCUGGGAUAAUUGUGUUGAUUCUCAAUAAGAGUUUGCUGGACUAAUCGGUAUAUAAUGACACUGUGUGUAAUGCUAUUAUGUAUGUUGUAUGUCUCUUUUGAAAUUCAAAAAAGCACUUGCACAUCUGUGUUAGCUUUUGCAGGUGCAUGGAAAUAAUUCGAUAAUAUCUUCAAAGGAAAAGGAAAACCCGCACAAUUCUCUUGCCAGUAUCUUUUUAAUUGUUUUAUUCAAGUUUAAGUGUCAACUUCUUGACGGCAGAGCUCUUAUGUAACUUUUUAUCUUUUACCUGUAAGUGGCAAAGACAAAUGUAAAUAAAAUAUAACAUGUAAUGCACAGCAAAACAAUUUAAACCUUAUCUUGUAUUUUUAUCUUAUCAGACGUCAAGGAUGUACACGGUGCCACUGUACGAGGACCUGUGUGCCGGGGUGAUGAAGUGUUUUGCGGCCGAGGUGUUCUACCAGACACAGGCCCGACUCCACCCCAACCUCCGACGGACACUCCAUCAGAUCCUGUUCCAGACCAGUGCUUUACCCACCAACACAGGCUCUGACCCUUCACUGCUACCCCCCACCCCCCCGUCCCCCAGACCCAUCCCCAGGAGCCACCCGGGGCCCGCCGACCCCCCCACUACUGGUACUAUCACACUACGUGACGUCAACGUGUCCGCCUGA